AUGGCCCAGGUUGCGACAGUCAACUUUGGCACUGAGCUCAAGGACGGCUACAAAGCGGUCGACAAUUGGGUGAGCCUGGGCAUUACAUGGCUCACGGAAAUCCAAGAAUUCUACCAGGAACGCUCUGCUAUAGAAAAGGAAUACAGCCAGAAGUUGGCCGCUCUGGCGAAGAAAUACUAUGAUAAGAAAUCAAGAAAGUCCAGCAACUUGAGCGUCGGCGACAAUCCUGCUCUGACCCCAGGCUCUUUAGAGUCUGCCUCCCUCACGACAUGGACCACCCACCUGUCUACCCUCGAGGCGCGAGCGAACGAACACGCGAAAUUCUCUAGAGACCUCAUAAGUCAAGUUGCGACACCGCUGGAGUAUGCCGGCACGAAACUCGAGGAAUUGAGAAAGAGCCAUGCCGAAUAUAAUGCCAAACUUGUCAAAGAGAGGGACUCAUCCUAUGGUGACCUGAAAAAGUUAAAACAACGAUAUGAUGCUGUGUGUCAAGAGGUUGAGAACCGAAGGAAAAAGGCAGAAUCGUCCAUGGACAAAAGCAAGGCUCAAAGCACGUACAACCAGCAGUUGAUGGAAAUGAACAAUGUCAAGAACACAUAUCUGAUUGGUAUCAAUGUCGCGAAUAAGAUGAAGGAAUGCUAUUAUCACGAAUACGUCCCGGAAUUGCUCGAUUCCUUGCAGGAUCUGAACGAGACUCGUGUGUCGAAACUGAAUUCGAUAUGGCUGGUUGCCGCGUCACUCGAGACCAACACUCUCAAGAGAAGCACCGAGCUCAUGACUCGUCUCUCGAACGAGAUCCCCCGAAACAACCCAAGUCUCGACAGCAAUAUGUUUGUGCGACACAAUGCUGUGCAGUGGCAGGAACCUCCGGACUUGGUCUUUGAACCGUCGCCAGUGUGGCUGGAUUCGGACAACAUGAUGACCGAUGAUGCGUCCAAAGUUUUCCUUCGCAACAUCUUGCAGAAGAGCAAGCCGCUGAUCAACCAGCUCAAGGCGGAAUCGGCUCAGAAAAGGCGAGACCUAGAAAACGUGAAGCAGGCUCGGCGGGCAGGCAAAGACAAGCGCGACGAAGUAGAAGCGGUGCGAUCACAGUUUGCCCUGCAGGAGGAUCUCCAUGCCGUUGAGCGUAAACGAUUGACGGCAGAGGUGGAGACGUCGACGAUUACUUCAGUGGUGGGUGAUCUCAGCAUGUAUGGCAAGAGUCACACCUUCAAAUCGGAGACGUUCAAAAUACCCACUAAUUGUGAUCUAUGUGGCGAUCGCAUUUGGGGUCUGAGUGCCAAAGGGUUCAUAUACUGUCCAGGCGAACAGACAAAGGAAGAGAAGAAAAAAUUGAAAACAGAACGGCAAGCGGCGGCCCUGAUGGCCGUGGAGGCUCCGCCAGCCGCCUCGAACGGGACUACAGGCCCUCCUCCAUUAACGAGGCAAGAUACGAUGAAUAGUCUGUCGUCUGGCUACGCGGCUAGCGCCACAAGGUCCUUGUCUGGAGGUGUUCCGAGGUUGUCAGCACUGGAUGAUUCAGCGACCAGCUCUCCGUUAACAACCAUUACUUCCAACUCCGGGUCAUCGACCACCACCGCAUCGAGACGAAACAGGAUUGUUGCGCCGCCCCCUGCAGCCUACGUCAGCGCACCUGGCGCCGACUUGGCGGCCAACGGAAGCGGCCAACCCAGAGGCAAGAUGCUUUACCCGUAUGAAGCCAGAGACGAGGGAGAGGUAUCCCUGCCAGAGGGCGCGGAGGUGAAGAUCCUGGAACCUGACGAUGGCGGCUGGACCAAAGUCCAUGCUGGCUUGGGAAAAGAAGGUCUAGUGCCUACGGCAUACCUGGAAGAACUGCCCACCCCGGCCAGUACGCCCGCGCAAGAGCGCCCACCGUCAUUGUAUUCAAAUUCGAGUGCCUCCCUGGCAUCGUCGACCCUAACUGGUGCGAAUAAGAAGAAGCAAGGGCCAGCAGUGGCACCGAGACGAGGGGCGAAGAAGGUCAAAUAUGUGGAAGCUCUUUACCCCUACACGGCCCAGAGUGAUGCCGAGUUCGACAUGGCCGAAGGAGAAAGAUUCAUACUGAUCAGUAUGGGUACCGGAGAUGGCUGGGCGGAUGUCGAGAAGAACGGCGAGACAAGAAGCGUUCCUGCCAACUAUAUCCAGGAGGUCUAG